AUGCGAGCACACCUUGCAGAUGAACAUAAGUUGUUGCUAGAUGACCAGAAUGUCUCAAGCUACAAAAGUCUUUGCUUUUUGCAAAUCAAGCUCGGCAAACAACAUGAUGCUCUGUGCAUCGCAGAACAAGGAAGAGCCCGUGGUCUUGUGGACCUGCUUUCAGCGAAGUAUGGUACUGAGAAUGCCAGUGGUUCGAGAGCUCUCAAUUUGAAUGCCAUUAAAGAGCUUGUCACUGAACACCAAGCAGAUAUGCUCUACUUGGCAACUCAGCUAGGACCCAUAUCGAUUUGGUUCCUAAAGAAAGACGGAAGAAUAUCCUUCUAUGAGUCUGCCUGGACAGAUUCCCCUGGAGAUAAUUUAGAGAAUAUAUUGGAGGAAUUAACAAAAACCAUUUUACAUUCGUUUGAUAACGUUGACUGCGAGGAUCGAUCGUUGGCAGAAUGCUAUGGAGGUGAGUUUCCAUCUGCAGCAAGGCACAGCGAGGUAUCUGGGUCUGCCAACAAAACUGGAGAACGUGAACACGGAAAUCUGGAAUCAAUGUUAAAGUUAAUAUUCAAGCUGACAAUCUCUACUUUUGCUGAUGUUAUCGAGGGUCCAGAGAUCGUGAUUGUCCCGGAGGGGCUGUGGUUUCUUAUUCCUUUUUCUGCAUUGCUAGAUUCAUCCGGUAACUUCUUUUCGCAAGCGUAUAGGGUCCGCCUCGUUCCCUCUCUUACAACCCUGAAACUUAUUCUUGACACACCAAAGAACUUUCACAGCCAGGCUGGAGCACUUAUUGUGGGAGAUCCGAAGGUAGGCUGUAUAAACAUUGAUGGAAAUGUUGUGGAGUUGCCUCCAUUACCGAAAGCCAGAGAAGAGGCAGAAAUGAUAUCAGAAAUGCUCCAAAAGCCAUGUCUCGUUGGAGAAGAGGCUACAAAGGAUGAAGUUUUGCGAAGAAUUCAAGAUGUGAGCUUGGUGCACAUCGCAGCCCAUGGUAAUGCCGAUAGAGGAGAAAUAGCUCUUGCACCCAAUAAAUCCCUUAGGGGUGUUCCAAAGAAAGAGGGCUGCAUCAUAACGACGAGAGAGGUUGCUGGGGUUCGUAUUAAAGCCAAAUUAGUGGUACUCAGCUGUUGUCACAGUGCUCGAGGAAAGAUCCUUGCAGCCGAAGGAGUGGUUGGGAUCGCCCGUGCAUUUCUGGUGUCCGGGUGCCCGUUCAGUUCUAAUGUCAUUGUGGGCUGUAGACGAUGA